AAAUAUGAUCUCAAUAUUGUUGCAAAUAUUGUUAAAGAUAUUUCCUAUCCUUUAGACCCUUUACCUCAAUUUUUAAAUUUAUCAAAUGUUAGAGAAGUUAAAAAAACUCUAAACUGCAUCUAUAAGUCUUAUUUAAGCUCACUAAAUUAG